CCCGGUUCAGGCUUUGGAGCGUUUAUUAAGGGCUUUGCUCCUGCCUCGCUCUAUUCUCCGGAGCUCAAACUCCGCUCACCAGAGAGUCUCUCUUCUUCCCCUGCGGCAGGCAGCUGCGAGCAAACUUGGUCUCUCCAGCAAUGCAUCUCCGGGCGAUUCUGCUUUGCGCUCUCUGGUCUGCAGUAUUGGCUGAGACCUCCGAUGACUAUGAGCUCAUGUACGUGAAUUUGGACAACGAAAUAGACAAUGGACUUCAUCCCACCGAGGACCCCACGCCAUGCGACUGCCGCCGGGAGCACUCGGAAUGGGACAAGCUCUUUAUCAUGCUGGAGAACUCGCAGAUGCGGGAGGGAAUGCUGCUGCAGGCCACCGAUGACGUCCUCCGAGGCGAGCUGCAGCGGCUGCGGGCCGAGCUGGGCCGGCUGGCGGGAGGCAUGGCAAGGCCGUGCGCUGCCAGGGUCCCAGCGGACGCCAGGCUGGAGCAAGCGCUGGAGUCGCUGCUGCAGGACAGCCGCGAUGCUAGCCGCAGGCUGGCGCGCCUGGAGGACGCGGAGGCUCGGCGGCCCAAGGCGACAGUGCCUGGCCUGGAAGCCGUGCUGGAGGAACUGCGGAGGACGCGCGCCGACCUGAGCGCGGUGCAAAACUGGGCCGCCCGCCACUGGCUGCCCGCAGGUUGUGAAACAUCGAUUUUAUUCCCGAUGCGCUCUAAGAAGAUUUUUGGAAGUGUGCAUCCUGUGAGACCAAUGAAGCUUGACUCUUUUAGUAUUUGUAUUUGGAUCAAAGCCACAGAUGUAUUAAACAAAACCAUCCUGUUUUCUUACGGCACAAAGUGGAACCCCUAUGAGAUCCAGCUCUACCUCAGCUCCCAGUCCCUAGUUUUUGUGGUGGGUGGAAAGGACAACAAGCUGGCUGCGGACACUGUGGUUUCCCUGGGGAGGUGGACCCACCUGUGUGGCACCUGGAGUUCAGAGCAGGGGAGUAUGUCCUUGUGGGCAAAUGGGGAGCUGGUGGCUACCGCCAUGGAGAUGGCUACAAGUCACUCUGUGCCCGAGGGUGGAAUUCUACAGAUUGGCCAAGAAAAGAAUGGUUGCUGUGUAGGUGGGGGCUUUGAUGAAACGUUAGCAUUUUCUGGAAGAAUCACAGGCUUCAACAUCUGGGAUCGCGCUCUCAGCGAAGAGGAGAUAAGGGAGAGUGGAGGAGCCAAGUCAUGCCACUUCCGGGGAAACAUCGUCGGGUGGGGAGUCACAGAGAUUCAGGCUCACGGAGGAGCUCAGUAUGUUUCUUAAGCAUUGUGAAACUCUACUUGAAGCCAAAGGAGACUCACCCUUUAAAAUAUAUGCCAAUUGGGAAAGUCUAAAUACUUCGGUGCGUAAUACGAACACUUGAGACUAAUGAAGGAGAGACUUGAGAUCGUCUUUAUUUAUCUUGGCAAAAUAGUGAAUAAACAGUUGAAGGAAAGGCUUGGGAGGAGGCUGGGGACAUUAUUCCUAAGCCUUAUGCAGUGGUGCUUUCAGAUUAAUGUCUGCCUCUGUCAGCUAAACCCUCAAAUAACUAACAGGACUGGCCUCUGAACAGGAGGACGAUUGUGUUGCUUUUCCUCGGUUAAUUUUGUUUUGGCCGGAGACAUUUCUAUAUUGGAAGCAUAACAAAACAAGCUCUGCUGUUCAUUGUUUAUUCUUCAAGGUGUGUGCCUUGUGACAAAAGAGAUGAUGAGAAAAACAUAUUUAUGCCACAAAGUGACUUAUUAACAAACAUAAAUGUAGCUUACAUGUUACAAUCCAGUGUUCCACUUGGGAGAAGAUAGUUACGUAACUUAUAUUGUGAAAUAGAUUUGUAUUAAUUUUAUUUUUGUAAAAACUCUACUGUAAAUAAAACGUUUUAUAAAGCUAGCUUGUGUCCCCUAAGGUUAAGAGCUGUUCUGAAGCAAGUCUAUACUUUUCCUUUUUUCAUCUAGAGUAGGCAAGUCAUCAUCAGAGACUGCUAUGAGAACGGCAGUAGUUAAUAUUGUUUGGAGCAAACUCUAUUGCCUAAGCUUUGGCAUCCCACAGGUUGUAAGGAAUAGGGUCUUGGCUAAAUGCAUCCAUCUCUCUGGGUUUUAGGUUUUUGUCAACUAAGGAACCAAGGAAGAAAUUAUUUGAUGAGUCUAUGAGCUUGUACCCUAUUCUGCUCUGUUGUGAC